GCCGCGGCCCGAUGGUGGAGGGCGCGCGGCGCGAUGAGCCGCCCGUCGUCCGCCGGGCCCGGCGCUAGCAAGCCGUGCGGCAAGCAGCAGCAGCAGCAGCAGCAGCAGCAGCACGCCCCGUCCCCGGCCGCCGCCGCUCCCGCCGCCGCCGCCACCAUCGCGGCGUCCGGCGCCGGCUCCUCGGCCGUGCCCGCCGCCGUGCUGUCGGGGGCCGGCGGGCCGGUGUCCCCGCAGCACCACGAGCUGACCUCGCUCUUCGAGUGCCCCGUGUGCUUCGACUAUGUGCUGCCGCCCAUCCUGCAGUGCCAGGCCGGGCACCUGGUCUGCAACCAAUGCCGGCAGAAGCUGAGCCUCUGCCCCACCUGCCGGGGCUCCCUGACCCCCAGCAUCAGGAACCUGGCCAUGGAGAAGGUGGCCUCGGCCGUGCUCUUCCCCUGCAAGUACGCAACAACAGGCUGCUCCCUGACACUACACCACACAGAAAAGCCAGAACACGAAGACAUAUGUGAGUAUCGUCCCUACUCCUGCCCGUGUCCUGGAGCCUCCUGUAAAUGGCAGGGAUCUCUGGAAGCCGUGAUGUCCCACCUUAUGCAUGCCCACAAAAGCAUUACCACCCUUCAGGGAGAAGACAUCGUUUUCCUUGCCACAGACAUUAACCUUCCAGGUGCUGUUGACUGGGUCAUGAUGCAGUCCUGCUUUGGUCACCACUUCAUGCUGGUGCUGGAGAAACAAGAGAAGUACGAAGGUCAUCAGCAGUUUUUCGCUAUCGUGCUGCUCAUCGGCACCCGUAAGCAAGCGGAGAACUUUGCGUACAGACUGGAGCUGAACGGCAACCGCCGCCGGCUGACCUGGGAGGCAACUCCGCGCUCCAUCCACGACGGGGUGUCUGCUGCCAUACUCAACAGUGACUGCCUAGUUUUCGAUACAGCUAUAGCACACCUUUUCGCUGACAAUGGAAACCUUGGAAUUAAUGUGACCAUUUCUACAUGUUGUCCGUGAUAUAUUUGUGUAGUUAGUGAAACCCUUGGCUGUCUGACAUAGUGCUUUACACGUACCAAGAAUUUUCUUUUUGUUCUGUUUUUAAGUGAUAUUCAACUAUGUCAUUGUGUAUGUUAAGGUUCCUAACUAGCCAACAUUUUUAAGUUUGGAGAGAAGGGGAACAAAAGUGUCCUGUAAGUAAUAUAAGCAAGAAAAGGUUUUUUAAAUUCUUGGGUGCCUUAGGAAGAUUUCCCCCCACACGGACACCUUUUUAAAUGUAAUUAUAUUUUAUUUAAAGAGUGCUUCCAUUAGACAUACGACUUAAAAGACUUGAAGGACUGCAUUCCUGUUUGGAGUGCACCUGAAAGCCCUUUCAGCAUUCAGGCUGUAAGUCUGUCUGAAAACAGACUUACUCUCACUGGUGACUUCUAAGAGUUUUUAGUAGGUGGGAAAAGAAAGAAAUACAAGCAACUUCUCGCAGACCUCCCAAGAGACGUUGUGGCUCAAAGUAGAUCAAUAGGUACUUCAAUGUUGCUACUCCAUUUCCUGCUACCUUAUUAAAAAGGGAUGGGCAUAGAUUAUUUGCUGUGUUUUCAAAAAAAGGGGGAGUGAGGAUGGCUGAAGCAUAGCAGGUUUUACAGAGCCUGGGAAUUGCCUGCUCUGGUCCAUUUUAGGGAUAUCAGGGAGCCCAGCACAAGGCACAGCUGCUCACAGCUGGAUACUGGUGGAAGCAGGAGGCAUAUAACUUAAUACAUCCCAAACAGCUAGAGCCAAUAAUAUAGAAAUAUAUUCAAGCUGUCUAUGUGCAGCUUCCCUUGGAGACAUACUUGAUUAUUGUAAAAGACUGAUUAGAAUAAUAUAGCAAGAGCUUUAUGGCCAGUGUCAUGUCAUUUGCUAUUUAAGUUUUGUUGCCAUAUUUACUUUAUUUUGUAAUAAAUAUUUUGCAAAAAUUACACUGCACUAAUACGCAUGUGUGGUAGCAACUAUUGCUUUCAGGUCCCUCGGUAUUCAGUGCCUCGCUGAGCUCUUCCUCCAGCCGCUCAGGGGCUGCAGGAUUUGAUUCCUAGCCUGACUCAUGUAAACGGAAAUCUCAGUGUGCCACUGGAGCUGAAUCUGCCUGCGAAUCCCCCUCUGCUACCAGAAGCCUUCUGUCUGAAUCAAGAGAAAUAGUAGGUCUGCAUGUGACUUUGCAGAGUAUUAAGAUGCCACUUGGAAGAGGCAAUAUGUUGUGAGGUUACACAGCCUGCUGAAUUACUCAGAGGUAGUAAGCCUCACGAUAGUGGAAAACUAAAUAAGUGACAGAUGAAGCUUGGUGUGAAUAAAUAUAAAACAAUACUUGGGAAGAAAAACAGUCCCAACUACAUGCAUUCAGGGAAGAGACCUCUCGAGGUAUGACACAAGGUCCUAUGCAAAUAUCACACAGCACUUGGCAGCAGUCCAUAGAAAAGCACAAGAGAAUUACAAGAAAAGCAUCAGAGAGGGAAAGCUUGUUUUGUCCUUGAGAAUUUGGAAGUGAUCAUGGAA